AUGUUGAACUCACUCCCUGCAGGGGUUCAGGACAUUGAGCGGACGAUAGUCUUUCGCCUUUACAUCGACAAUACGUUCGACGCUCACCUCGACGAGCUCCGCCUGUUCCAACGAGUUCUUCCCGCCUUCUACGUCCAUGCGUCAGCUACCGCUAGUGCAACCAAGGUCGAGUUCCAUUACGACUCGGACUCCUUCGAUGUCGCCAAGUGCCAGAAGCUGGUGGCAAGACUGGGCUUUGAGGAUGAUGUGAACGGAGACUUCACUUGCCAUGGUGAGUGGAUGAAUGCUGGUAGGGAGCUUCAGAGGGCUUUCGCUGAUGCUUUCAAGCGUAGCGACGAGCUGGUGGUGCCCGAGGACAACACGAAGCAAAGUCAAUCGCCGGGCAAGAGACUUGCGGGGAUAGACUUGCCGGUACAAAGUCCAUCGAAGCGACGGAAGGUGGCGUUCCUCAACCUUCCGGCGGAGACUGGAAACGCAAUCUAUAUCUUCAUGAUGCAGGAAGAAGAGAUGCACAUCCCUAUUGCCGGCGCUCCCAUGCGAGUACCUCCUCUUGCAGGUGCUUGCCGCCAGGUAUACCAAGAGUUUGCGGCCUUCUAUAGGAAGCACGCGAACAAGCACGCUCAAGUCGUGGUCGUCGACUCUCACAAUUUCGAAGACACAGGACGUCUGAACCUUCCGCUCUACCUCAGACGGCCAGUCUCGCGGCUUCGGCGGUUCGUGCUGCGAGUCACUCUGGACAACAACAUCAACAGUCUUAUGCACUGGAUCAGAAACCUUGCAAUCGCCACUGCUGAGCAGGGCUAUCCCCCCUACGAUAUCGAGAUUGACUUUGAUCCAGAAAGCUUCGACCAAUGGGCCUUCUUGGAGCGGCUGUCAGGGAUGGUCCCAUCUGUUGUGGCAUCUGCUAGCUUGAACGAGCCCCUUGACCGUCAAGCAAGGGCAGUUUACGAAGGCAUUCGAGAGGCUGUGCUUGGACGAACCGGUUCAUCACGGACGCCUCCACCGAUAUUGCGCCUACGUCCCGCGAAGCCUGAUGCAAAGCCGAAGCGAUCGACGGCUGAUGAAAGCAGGAAGGACCAGAGGAAGGAUGACGAAGGUGCUGAGGGCUCAAAGAGAAGUAAGUGA